AUGUUUAUGUUUUCUUGGUUUAGGGAUGUUUUGAGCUGGUUUGGACUAUCUAGCAAAUCUGCUAAGAUAUUAUUCUUGGGACUAGAUAAUGCAGGCAAAACUACCUUACUGCAUAUGUUAAAGGAUGAUAGAAUAGCAACCCAUGUGCCUACGUUGCACCCUCACUCUGAGGAAUUAGUUAUUGGUAAGGUUAGAUUUAAGACUUUUGAUUUAGGAGGUCAUGAAACAGCUAGAAGAAUAUGGAAGGACUACUUUGCUACUGUUGAUGCUAUAAUUUUCCUUGUUGAUGCAUCUGAUAGAUCAAGAUUUGCUGAAACUAGGGAGGAACUCAGCAACUUACUGGAGACAUCGGAGUUGCAGAAUGUUCCAUUUGUAAUAUUGGGAAAUAAAAUUGAUAUUCCAAUGGCAGCUUCUGAAGAAGAACUCCGUCAAAGUUUGGGAUUGUACGAACAUCUCACUUAUGGUAGGGAGAAACGAGGUGAUAACGGAAUUAGACCUAUAGAGGUAUUUAUGUGUAGUGUAGUUAGGAGAAUGGGAUACUCAGAAGCUUUUAGAUGGCUCUCCCAAUUCCUGAGCUAA